AGAGGUUAUCUAAACAAAGCGGACAAUAACGGAUACACACCUUUAACAGCAGCCGCAAGCCAGGGACAUGUGCCAUUAAUAGAGUUACUUAUAACAAACGGGACAGACGUGGACAAAUUUGAUGGACGUGGUAAAUCACCAAUUAUGUAUGCUUGUGAAAAAAGGGAUUUACGCACAGUAAAAGCGUUAGUUUCAAACGGAGCCAGUAUGACUGUUGAUUCUGAUAGGACAUGUUCUCCUUUUAAAUUGGCAAAACAAGGUAAAGCAUGGGACAUUGUAGAUUAUUUUAUAGAAAAGAGAAUUAAAUUAAAGCAUGAAGAUCUAAUGAGUAUCAGUACUACUGAGUGUGGUGAUGAAAAGAGAGGCGAGAAUGAUGUUUUCGCAAUGGCUUGUAAAAACGGAUUCAAAGCGUUGGUUGAAUUAAUCAUUGAUGAAACACAAGCUGAUUUAAAUUCUCACGAUUGCGAAGGUUUAACCAUGUUGAUGCAUGCCUGUAAGAUGAACCAAACGAAAAUAGUAGAGGUCAUUGUUAAAAAAGGCAUUGACAUAGAUUUACCAACAUUGGAUGGAAAAACGGCUUUGAUGUUUGCAUGUGUCGAAGGCUAUACAGACAUUGCUGAAAUCUUAUUAAAACACCAUGCUAAUGUAAAUAAGUGUGACAACUCUGGACUAACUUCUCUUAUGAUGGCUUGUGAAAAGGGUCCACUAUCAAGUAUAAAGCUAUUGCUGAAUCAUAAGGCUGACAUGAACAUGAAAUCGCCUGUUGGAUCAUCUGCCUUUGAAAUCGCCUGUUACACUGAGCAUUAUGCAAUAGUAGAUUACCUUGUUAGUCAAGGAUCGUAUACACCUUUUGAAUAUGAUAUCCGAACAUUGCUAAACGGUACACAUGCUAAUGAGAAAGACCUGAUACAAAGGGUCUGUAAGAGUGGCUAUGAAUCAAUAUUUAACAUAUUAAUUGAAAGUGAAGAUGAAAUCGAUGCGACUGAUGGGAAUGGCAAUAGUCUGCUUAUGCUAGCAAGUCAAGGUGGACACGAUGGCAUCAUCGAGAACUUGCUGAAAAGAGGGGCAAAUAUAUAUCACAAAAACCAAGUUGGACAGACUGCCCUCAGAAUGGCAUGUAAUGGGGGUCUUGCGAGAUCUGUAAAAAUCCUAUUAAAGAAUAAUGCACAUCCAAAUCUAGCUGAUAAGAAAGAUAGAACUCCCUUAAUGAUUGCGAGUCAAGACGGCUGUCUCGAUGUGGUGAAAAUGCUAGUACAGCAUAACGCAGACAUCAAUUUAUGUGAUAGGAAAGGCGCAUCAGCUCUUAUGCUAUCGGCAAAACAGGGACAAUUUGAUACUGCAGAAUAUUUAAUUACCAAAGGUGCAGAGGCCAGUAAGUGUGACAACAAAGGCUUGAAUUCCUUGAUGGCAGCGUGUCAAAACGGUCAUAUUGAAAUUGUUCGUUUGAUUGUCAAAACGAAAAUAGAUCUAAACUCCAGCGACAGUGACGGAUUUACAUCUCUUAGAUUUGCUUGUGAUGGUGGUCAUAACGACAUUGUCGAUUUUCUUAUUCAAAAUAAAGCAGAAGUAGAUAAAGCUGACACAAAUUGUUGGACCCCAUUGAAAUCAUCGUGUGAAAUGGGAAAAAUUUCAACUGUUGCCUUGUUGUUAGAAAGGAAAGCAGAGGUGAAUAAACAAGACAACGAUGGCUGGACUCCUCUAAUGUCUGCUUGUCAACAUGGACAUGAUAAUAUCGCUGAACUACUCCUAAAUUUCAAUGCAGAUAUUGGUAUGACAGAAGUGGAUGGCUGGACAGCUUUACGAAUCGCUUGCAAUAAUGGACAGGCAUCAACAGUGAAGUUUUUAGUGCCAAAGGGGGCAAAUGUUAAUAAAAUUGACAAACGGGGAUGGAGUCCACUGAAAGACGCAUGUGUCGGUGACCGUAAAAACAGAUUGAAUUCAAUAUUAAGUAAGAAAUACGAGGAGAUAGUUGCAUGUUUGAUUCAAAAUGGUGCCGAUGUCAAUUUAGUAGAUGAAGAUGGAUCGACAUGCUUAAUGUCAGCCUGUCAAGGUGGACACACUGAUCUUGUCAAUCUUCUAUUAAGCAAGGUAGAUGAUAUCGACAAAGUGGAUAAUAAAGGAUGGACAGCCUUUAUAAUGGCAUGCUGUAGGGGUUAUACAAAUGUUGCAGAACUACUUUUGAAUCAUGGUGCCGAUAUCAAUAAAGCGGACAGUGAUGGCUGGACACCUUUGAAAAUUGCCUGCCAAGUUGGUCUCAAAGAUACAGUUAAAAUGUUACUUCGUAACGGAGCAAAUGUUAACAUUGAAGACAAGGACGGAUGGACAUCCCUAAUGUCUGCCUGUAAAUAUGGGAAUAAGGACAUCGUAACGUCACUUUUAGAAACUGGAGUUGUUGAAUAUUAUGCACAUGAUGGUUUUACAACUCCAAUAAAAAUUGCAAGAAAAUUUGGCCAUAGGCGCAUAGAAAAAUUGCUUGAAAGAUCAUUGGAAGGCUCAAUUAGUGGUGAUGAAGACGAUGAACAGGGAGAUGAGGAAGACGUCGAAGUAUCUGGCAAGAAAUUUGGACGAAUAAAUUUUUCCUUCCGGCUACCUUUUUCAAACGACAGUGAUGAAGAUGAUGACGAUGACGACAGUCAAGAAGAUGAUUAUGAUGACGACAGUGAUGAAGAUGAUGAAGAUGACGACAGUGAUGAAGAUGAUGACGAUGACGACAGUGAUGAAAUUAUGACGAUGAAAGUAUAAAUUAACCGCCUGGUUUAUUAGCGUUGAUGUUAGAAAACAAUGAUGGUUUGAAUGAACUUAUUUCAGAUGAUAAUCCAGGUUGACCUGUUUCAUAGUCGCUUAAUAAGUUGAAUGAAUUAAUAUCAGAAUAAUGUUAACAGCAGUUGGUAACAUUUCAGUAUCGAAUAAUUAAAUAAACAGCUGCCAUUCAAAGAAUAAAGUUCAAUAACUUCUCAAUGUCAUAUCAGAAAUUUCAUGAAAACUGCUCAAAGCACUUUAAAGAUAUUGUCCGAAAACUGGAAAAUCACACCUUUUUAUGAAUAAAAUCCCAUAACUCGGAAACGUAAAAUCGAAAAUUUAUAAAAAAUCGGAAGGGAGCUUACGUCAAUAGAUAUAAACAAUUCACCAAAAAUUCAUGAAAACUGCUGAAAGCAUUUUUGAGUUAUUGUCCGAAAACUGGAAAAUCACCCCUGUUUUACUGAAUAAAACCCUGUAACGCGGAAACGUAAAAUCUAAAAUUUAUAAAAAACGAAAGGGAUUUCAUGUCAAUAUAUAUAAACAAUUCACCAAAGUGUCUUGCAAAAUGGUGAAAGUGUUUUUGAGUUAUUGUCCGAAAACUGGAAAAUCCCCCUUUUUUAAUGAAUAAAACCCCAUAACUAGGAAACGUAAAAUCUAUAAUUUAUCAAAAACGAAAGGGAGCUCACAUCAAGACAUAAAAAAUCACCAAAGUUUCAUGCAAAUUGGUUAAAGAGUUUCUGAGUUAUUGUCCGACAUGUUGACGACAAACGGACAGACGAACAGACGGACGGACGGAAAGACGAACAGACGGACGGACAACGGUAUACCAUAAUACGUCCCGUAAACGGGCGUAAAAAAAAACUAAUGUUUUAAUUAUUAAUUUUACCAAAGGCUGUGUGUUAUUUAUUUUCGACCUAUUUUUUUUUAUAUACGUUAGAUUAAAUAAAAAAACGAUAUAUAAUAUCGUCUGAGAAUAUCAUUAUCAUACUUGUUUUAUAUGCUGUUCAAGGAAUUAAGAAUUACAAAUUGUGGUUGACCGUUUUUGACAGUUUUCUUUUUAAUGGUGGGACUCGAUAUUUUAUAAUAAUACCGUCGAGAUAGAUGUUUAUAUCAUAUUUCUUCAUUUAACCUAGUACACAUAGUAAGUAGGAAACACAUCAAGACAAACACGAAUUAAUUUAGAUAGAAUAAUUUUGUAAUACCUUAUAAUUACAUUACAUGUAUGUUUCACGAGAAUCCGUUAGUUUGAUGGGCUUACAACAAUCGCGCUUCAUUAAAAAAUUAACCUUCAUAUUAAAAUGAAAUGUUACAUUCGUGAUGACACGUGCUUCCACAAAAAAAGUGCACAGGUAAAUAAAAUAAAAACUUGAUAACACUUUUUUUUAUGGUCUUAGCAUAAAAAUGUAAUCAUAAGAAAAGAAUGCUUCUUUUAGUAAUCUGAUACAUACAAAAUGUGCUUCGGUCAACACUUUUAUACCCCAAUAAAAUUACAAAAAACAGCAUGCAUUUCUUAAAUGAAUAAUCAUCGACUUCACGUUGCACGCAGUCUUUUUAAUACUUUUUUUUUGUCUUUUGUUUUCGUUAUUUUUAUCUGCUAGGGAAAAAUAUGUGUCUUAAAUGUAAACAUAUGAAUGUGUUUUGUAUAUAUAUAUAUAUAUAUAUAUAUAUAUAUAUAUAUAUAUAUAUAUAUAUGUAUACUAUUACACCUGUAUUUGAAUAAUAUAUAAACAUAACUUCAUUGCCAAGUAAACAUCUAACAUACAAAUAUAUAUUUUAAUAGAUUAAACCUUGUUUAACUAGUACAUAAGAUGAUUUUAGGAUGAAUGUGUUUGCAAACAUUGUAAUCAUGACUUUUAAGUAGUAUUCCAUAAACGAUUAUCAUUCGCAUCAUGAAAGGUUACAAAAUGUAUUUUGACAAUCAGAUGCAUUAUAUGUAGGGAAUGGGUAAUAUUUUUCUUUUACUGCUUUACCAGUACAGAUAAUAGCCAUGUAUUUUACAAUAGAAUCCACUGUGGACCUCAUUGUGAUUAUCUUUUUCAGGAUGUAUUUUACGAUGCAUUUUAUAACAUUUUUAUCCUAUUUUGUAAGGUCAAUAUGAAAUAUAAUGCCUGAAUUUCAACAUACCUCUAAAUUCUAAAUAAAAAUCGAAAACAACACGUACUAAAUUCCAUGCGUCCGAAGCGCUUUUCUUGAUUUACCUUCAUCAGGAACGCUCAAAGCCAAAUAUUUGAAAGCCAAGGAUGUAUAGGAACCGAAACAGUUGAAGAGUUAUAUGACCAAAAAGGAUAAAUACGAUAUCAACAUAUUUCAAAUGUAGUCUUUUUCAGUAAUAAAUCGUAUUAGAUGGAUUCUUAUGGGACUGGUACGUUAAAAAGCUGUUAUGUGGCAUACAUGUAUACUGUAGAAUUCAAUAAUUUUCGUGGAUUGAGGAAAAGUGUAUUUUCAUUUUUUUUUUCCCGAUUUCUGCAUACAAGAAGAUUAUUUAAUUUUGUUGGUUAUUGUAAUCCCUGGUUCACCUAUACCCUCGAAAUCCACAAAAAUUAGUACACCGUAAAUAAUCAUGGACCAAACAUAGGUAGUUUUUGGUUGAUUGAACUAAAGUUAAAUCUUAUCUAACUAAACAUAUGUCUAUACAUAUAUAAAUGUAUCAACAUUGAAAAUUUAUAAAGGUCAUUGUACAUCAAAUCAUACAACCGAUCCUUAUAAUUUUGUUUGAAACCCGACGGGUACGAUCGUGCACUAUUGUUCUCAUAUUGCACAAUGGAGGAAUGUUUUCAUUUUUUUAUUCAUUUUUUGUUUUACGUUUUGAAUGAGAAAAGCUGUAACAUGUUUUGUUUUAACGCAUAUUGUCAAAAUCUGUCAUUACAAUUAAAAUGUUUAAUUUCAUUUUCA